AUGAUGAAAGCACCAGAUGGUCUGGAAAUUCUUCCAUAUCCACGACUCAAGGUGAGAGUAAUCUCAUCUCCCGGAGCAAAGGUUAUAGGUCAGAAAAAAAAAAUUAAUCUUCCAUUACGGAAUUCUCCACCGCUAGAGGGCAUUACCGUUCAUCAAUUAGACACGUGUUUAGUUAGGCCUAAGUUUCAGUAUUGUUUCGUUGUUUAUUGUGUGAAAAUAAUGCGUAAAUUAAAAUAUCACGAGAAAAAACUAUUGAAGAAGGUUGACUUCUUAUCGUGGGAAGUCGAUAACAAUCUACACGAAGUGAAAAUUAUGAGAAAAUAUCAUAUACAGAAGAGAGACGACUACACAAAGUACAAUAAACUGUCCAGAGAAAUUCGAGAAUUGUCCAGGAACAUAAAAGAACUGGAUUCAAAGGAUCCGUAUCGAGUGGAGUCGACGGCCCUUCUCCUAGAAAAACUAUACAAUAUAGGACUUAUACCUACCAAGCGCAAUCUGGAGUUAUGCGAUAAAGUGUCGGCAUCAUCCUUCUGCAGGAGACGGCUACCUGUGUUAAUGGUGAAGAGCCAGAUGGCAGAGACGCUACGACUCGCCACGCAAUUUGUCGAACAAGGACAUGUUCGCGUGGGUACGGAAAUGAUAACCGAUCCGGCGUUUCUCGUCACCAGAAACAUGGAAGAUUUUGUAACCUGGGUGAACGGCUCGGCAAUAAGGAAACACGUACUGCAAUAUAAUGAUAUGAGAGACGACUUUGAUCUGAUGUGAACUUCUUCCAAUGAUGUUUGUAAAUAUUUAUGUAUUAAAAUAAAACUUCAAACAUUCAGAACUUUCAUUUAAUAGCAUAUUUGUGAGUAUAUAUAAUGGAUACAAUUU